GUUGCGGAUAUCAAACGCGUCAACAACUUCAUCCGGGAGCAGGACUUGUAUGCACUGAAGUCCAUCAAGAUCCCCGUGAAGACCCAUGGGCUGUUAACGGAGAACGGCAGAGACCUAAGGCCGCUCCCGACUGCGCCCUCCCAGGCCGGCCUGACGCUCGUGGACUUGCCGGAGCCUGAUGACGGCGCGGGCGGCUCUGCUGACGGCGGGCACCUGAGCGACUACUUCAAGGGGAUUGACAAGAGCAUUCAGGACGCGGUGCAGGCGGAGGUCCAGCUAAACGCAGAGUAUUGCGUGGAAGCACGGGAGAGGCCGCUGCCCGAGUCAGGGAAGCCGGAGACCAGUAACGGCGCGGACUGUGGAAUCCAGUGGUGGAACGCAGUUUUUAUUAUGCUCCUGAUAGGAAUCGUCCUGCCUGUAUUUUAUAUCAUCUAUUUUAAAACACAAGGCCUGGUGGCCCAUACCUCCAACACAACACUAACCUCAAAUAUUUCAACAGAUGGAUUGGAAGGGAAAUUACCACAAAGCCCAGUUGUAGAAGAGAAAUCCUAA